GCAGUGCCUUUGACAAGUAAAUCUACAUCGAGUUUGUAUUUUGAUCAUAUUGCAAGUAAUUCAGAGCCCAGAAGUACGGAGAUAAGCUGAUAAAAAUUAUCACCGUGAGAUAAAUAAUAAUUUAUAACUUCAAAGGCAGUCAAUUGUCACCGGACUUUGCAGAAAUGUCGCUAAUUUUUACACCGACUAACCAGAUAAGGUUAACCAACGUCGCAGUAGUGCGUAUGAAAAAAGCGGGAAAAAGGUUCGAGAUCGCCUGUUACAGGAACAAAGUUAUAUCCUGGAGGACAAAACUAGAGAAGGACAUAGAUGAAGUAUUGCAGACGCAUACUGUGUUUACGAACGUUUCUAAAGGUCAAGUGGCAAAGAAGGAAGAUCUCUUGAAAGCGUUUGGUAAAGAUGACCAGACAGAAAUAUGUAAGGAAAUCCUUACCAAGGGAGAGCUACAGGUUUCUGACAAGGAAAGACAAUCGGCUCUGGAUUCAAUGUUCAAGGAUAUAGCAACGACGGUAUCAGACAAAUGUGUUAACCCAGAAACUAAGCGCCCGUAUCCAAUAUCGAUGAUUGAAAAAGCUAUGAAAGAUGUUCAUUUUUCUGUAAAACCUAAUCGUAACGCUAAGCAACAGGCUUUGGAUGUCAUUCCGCAGUUGAAGGCUGUUAUGCCGUUGGAAAGGGCACAAAUGCGUUUGAGAGUUUUGAUAUCAGGUAAAGAAGCUCGCAAACUGAGAGAAAAGAUUGCCAAACAAGCAACCAAGGUUGAAAAUGAAAGUUGGGAUGGAGGGAGUUUGAACUUGGUUUGUCUAAUCGACCCAGGUCAGUACAGAGAAAUUGAUGAAUUGGUAAGAUCAGAAACAAAAGGAACAGGUAUCCUGGAACUGAUUAACCUAAAGGAAAUCACCGAGGGAGACGAGUUACUGGAAUGAAUAGUUUCAAGAUGUAAUCUGGAAUGUUCCUACGAAUGUUAACAAACAUGUAAAGCACUGACCCACUAAAAAUGCAUGGUAAACAGAUGGCUGCCCUGAUUUGUUGCAUUUGAAUAAAAAGAUAAGACGGGACGAGUCAACGUUUACUUCUCUAGUUCGAAAGUAGCAGCUAACAAUUUGCCUAACGAUUCUACAGUUGCAAAUUGCAGUAUGAUACUCUCACACAGCGAUACAGAAUUUGUUCGCCAAAUAGUUGAAAAUAUGGCGCGACACAUGGCGGAGAAAACUAAUUAGUUUUGUUAAGAUUUUAAAAGUAUAUAUUCGCAAAUUUCUUAUCGUUGUUCAAUGCUACCAUAUAUUGUUUAUUAUACAUAUUUGUAACUGUUUAACGAUCAACAGUGUGAACUACUUACUCCCAGUAACUCCAUUAUUUAUAUACAUAUAGUAUCGUCUUGUACUGAAUAAAAUUACAUUUGUC